CAGCUUGAGGAGCGGAGUACUGCGGCAGCUUGGCAGAGCCGCGGAAGGGGACCGAGUGGUGAAAAGGUAGCAGUGCGGCUCGUUAGUAUCGCCGGUCUUUCACCGCAAGUAUCAGAGAGCAAAGGAGGGAAGCGCAUCCCCGCGUGAUGCUCCGCUUGAGACCGCAACAUUUCAUUUGAAAAGACGUCUCACGGAGGGGAAGAGAGAUUGUAGCCGAAUCUUUUUGAAGGUUUGACAGACAGUUUAUCAAAUUCAAAAGAAAACUCCUCAGUCAGACGGAGUGAUAACUUUCCUGACGCAUUUUUUUCCUCAUUUUUUUUUCCAAUUAAGAACCUUGAAAACUGAGCAAUAUUCUCUUUCAUUCUUCAAGGCAAAAGGCAUUUUGAUAUAUUUCAACGCGAGGGGCUGACACCUCUCAAGCCGUGCAUCACCUGAGAGGAGAAGAGUGACUGCGCCAACAUGGGGGUAAGACUGACGAUUCUCAACUUUUGUCAAACUGCGUUGUAGCCCACCUGAAGUGGCCUGAAAAGUGAACAGCGGUAGCCUUAAAAACGCGUCUCUCGUGAGGAUGAAGGGGCUUUUAAAAUGAGUCACGAUGUCAUUUUUUCCCCCCCGCUUGUGUGAGUGACAUUGACUGUAAUGCGGAACCGUGUUUUAGCUCUGCGACAAAUUGAUGUAGCCACAUAGCUUGUGUCUAAUGCAGCUCGAGAAAACGGCUCACUUUGAUUUGACUUUAGCUUCGUCCUGACUCCAGGAGAGCCUCGGUGACUCGUGUCCUUCUGCUCUGACUCACUCUGUCGAAUUUAAUCCACAACCCUCAAGUGAGAGAUGAGUGGAAAGUGAUGCUCAGGUCUCUCGUUAGAAUAAAGAUGUGUGUGUUUUUUUAGAGGUUGUCAGUGUGUCAUUUGGACUGCAGGUCUCUGACAGGCCUUACUUUGACUAUAACCUUGCCAGCCAUGGUAGGCCUAAUCGGUUUAUUCUUACCUAGAGCUGUGCUGAGGAGAGAGGAGAGAGAGGGGGGAGGGCGUCUGUGAUAGAAACCUAUCCUCUCACCUCAUCGUUACCCUGGAAAAGAGUUUAAAUUUUAUUUUGAGGCUCUGCACCUCUAUGACUUUCUCACUGAUGGAUGAGCACAGUUAGCUGUGACCUCCUCCAUGCCCUCGCUGCCCCCCCUUCCACCCUCACUGCUGUCCUCUCGUGCCUUAAACCCCCGCCGGCAAUGCUCCCUCUCUCUCCCUCUCCCUCUCUGCGGUCUGUCCCCGCAUCUGUCGGUGCACCGUGCGGGAUGCUGAGCCCCUCUAUACGUCCUUCAGCGGAGGAGUCUCAUUCUCGGCACCCUCGAUGACCCAUGCGUCAUAAUGCGGUUACCGGGAAUAAGCGCCUCACCAGCUUAUUUCCCCUUUAAUUUGUGACAUAACAGGGACUCUAUAAUCGCUAACAGUGAACACAUUUACGCACACUGCGGAUUAAAAGAAGCGAUGCGUGCGGCAAAUUAAGACCGUGAUGCGAUGUGUUUAAGUUUGAGAGACUGACUUGAGAGAGUUUUUUUUAUGUGCUGGCGCAGCGUUAGCGUCAGAGAAGGCAGGUGCGGAUGUGAUGUACGAGCCAUUGCGCAUUUUUUUUUUUUUUUUUUUUUUUGCUCCAUCACCAUCCUGCGCAAAAGAGUUGUAAUAUUUAAUCUGAAUUAUGAGGUGGCGUGACGCUGCAGACAGGGUAACAUGCGGCAGUAUACGAGCCGGUGUCACACCAGCUGAUGUGGCCUAUACGCAGCAGCAUCUGACGAUCCUCUGUCGGAGGAGAGGAUGAGGAUGCGGGAUUCAGAGGGACGAAAGAGAAAGAGAGAGAAAAAAAAAGCAGCGACUUCGGUCCGCGUCGUUGCAGCUUUUAGUGGGCACUGCGUCAAAAGAGAUGGGAGUGCAAAAAAAGUGCUUACGCAUAUUCUCGUGCUGUGAGGAAGUUUUGGUGUGAGGGUGAGACGAUGAGUGGAAGUGUUGUGUCAUUUCAGAACAUGCCACAGCUCCCGAGGGAUUUUUAUAGAGGAGAACAUGCGCGUCCUGCUGUGAGCUGUGAAGGGUGUUUCCUAUAGCAUUCAUUCAGAAAGCGCUGAGGUCACCCUGAGAGGGAAGAAGGACAUAUAAGGGGAGGAAGGGAUGGAUGGAGUGAUGGUAGAUCAGUCUACUCGGUACCUUGUUAUCCUCUCCUUUCUUUCUCUAUCUCCUCUUUCUCUCUUCUCCUCUCUUUCUUCCACGGAUUUCGCACUGGCGCACAGUGCGAUGGCACAGCCAGCUGUCCUUUCCCAAGGCCGCAGGGGGCAUCUAGCGACGCGCUUCCUGCGUCAAACCGGGGGCGGGGCCUGUGAUGUGGAAAUUCCCUGUAAAGAGCUGUGAUAGGCUGGUACCAAGAGCCACGCAGAAAGAACUGAGUUAAGAGGCAGCAGUGAUGCUAUAAAGAAAAGCUUGUGCAAGUGCCAAGAACACUAGAGAGACAACUGGCACAUGCAGUCUGGCUCAUGGAUAGUUAGUCUUAAUUUGGCUGGGCAUUUCUGAAGAACUGUCUGAGAUGUCUCACACUCCUCAGUGCUCGCUCAUUGUCCCUCUAUCUGCAUUGAAGCAGCUGCACAUUGUUGUCUGGUGCUGAUGAGACUGUAGGAGGAAUGUAAAUGGAGAUGCUGAUGAAGGGCUGCACACAUGGAUCCACUGUUGGGUUUCACCUUCAGACACGUGACACCGUUAGGGAGAGGGUGCCACUGCCAAAAGAGUAAGACAAACAGUGUGAGAGGAAAGAGAGAGAGAGAGAGAGGAGAAGGACAGCCAGUGAGUGAACUGUAGGUGUGCAGAGAGGAAAGAGAGAGAGGGAUUUGAAGAGAUGAUGAGGUGUGUGGAGGGGGAGGGCUGCGUGGUUGUAUAUCCUGUUACAGGAUAAUGACCUGAGGCUCACAUUACCAUGGCUCCUGUUUCCUCCGCUGGGCCUUGUAGGAUUGGUUAUCGAGGGAAGAGGAGGCAGAUGGGAUAGGGAGAGGAGGGGUCUGGUUGGGUGGAUGAUCUUUGUAGAAUAUUGACUGAAUGUUGAGUGUGGUGGGGGGGUGAGGUGUGGCGUAGGUGGGCCAGUGCCCCAGGAGAGAUGGGGGGAUUAAAGAGAGAUGAAGGUGUAGUGGUAACACCGAGGCUUUUUCAGAAGGUCAUUCAGGCUGGUGGUGAGGGUGUGGUUGAGCUGCUUUGAAUGUCCUAUGACUGAGGAGAGGACCAGUCAGACUAUCUAAUGAGACAGAGGCUUAAAGAACAGUGUGUGCUUUUAUUUUGGUACUCAUGAGUGAGCGCAGCACCUGAGAAGAAGUGAGACAGUCUUUGUGAAGCUAGUUCAGGAGUUUAAAAAUGUGCAGGGCCUCUGCAGAGGCCCAGCCCUCACUUUGGUGCAGAGUGCUGCACAUCCCUCCCCACUGCACCUGCUGCCUGAUGCUGAUAGGCUGCACUGUACCACAACUCAUCUGUCCCACGCUCUGCAGGAACCAAUGGAGAAGCUUGUCCUCACAGGAACAGAUCAACCACAUGAUCGCUCGAAUCGCACAGCCUGCUGGGAUCUGUUGGUCCUGUGGCCUUCAGGGGUCAUUUAAGGUCAAUAUGGUGACCAUUUCAAAUGAUUCUCUGAUGUUUCCGUUCAGGCAGUGACAGCAUCUCUGAUCAAUAGGUUUUCACUGUAAUGAGGACCCUGUCCUCAGCAGGAACAUGGAUGAAGGACAGAGUACAGAUGUCUCUGGAGUUAGCCUCCAUGCUAGUGUGAGACUGCAGGACAGGGGCUGGGCAGUGAGCUCAGUGGCAGCUUGUGUAAUGCUAAUAAAAUGUAAAGGUCAGUGCUGUCUCCUUCAUACACGGCCUUAAAUCACGAUCACAGCCGACACGGUGAUGAAUUCUGUGCAGUUUUGCACCAUUUACGAGUCGGUCUCUCAUAAUGAGAACCAUUUGGAGAGGUUAGGUUGCCUGACUACAACGACAUGACUAAUUCAGGGUGUUGUCCUGGAGAUGUGUGUAUGUUGUGAAGUGUGAGUGUGUGUGUGUAGUUACACUAAAAGACAGAGUGUGACAAUGGGCAGCCACAGUGGACAAAGGCUGGUGAAAAAAACCCAAAGCCUCUGCUGCAUUUAAAGUGAAAGUGGAAAAGUCAUCAUGCUUUUUUCCAGUGAAUUUACAGUGAUAACACUUCUGAAGAUUGAACAGUUAAAGAUUUCACUUCAAUUCCACCUCACUGAACACAUCAAGCCCUGAUUUGAAAACCUGUCACCCACAUUUAAUUGUUGGUGUGUGUAGUCCUUGGCUGUGUGUACGGAUGUGGGUGUUGCUUCUGCACAUCUGCCCGACCCUGUGACCAAUGCCAGUUGAGGAGUCCUGAGAUGCCCUCUCUCACGCCAUGGCAAGACGCCAUGUUGGCUGCAGGCGCCAAAGAAGCCAAGAUUUACAAUGCUAAUGUGGACCAGACUGUGCUCACACUCACACACACACACACACAAACAGAGACAGCUACACAAACUCUGGUGCUGGUGGAGCUCACAGGGGUUGACAGUGCAUUAUAAAUAAGAGAUGAUGCACUAUUACACUAAAGUCUCAGUGUUGUGAACAGAUGAAGAUGACAGGGUGGACAGAUGGACAGUACAGAGCAGAGUUAAUGUGUGUGUGUGUGUAUGGGGGGGUUACUAUAUAAAUUGGGACUUUCAGUUUGGACUUCGUUUCUUGCUUUGGUUCGUUUGUAUUUAUUUUUUAGCGAGAGCACGGCACAGAUUAUUUGAGAGCUAAAGAGAGUUAAUCUCUCUCUGUCUCUUUGUGUAUGUGUGGUUUAGAGAUUAGUGCUCUUAAGCAGACGCAAUCUUUUUACAGUACAAUGAUCUAUUUACGCACACUAUUCCAACAGAUCAAUCUGUUACGUGUGGGGGUAUCUGUUGAGUUUAAUUUUAGCUGACACAUGAUAGUUUGAGGCACACUUAAUUGCCUCCAUCAACUGUUUUCUCCUCUUCAUACAUUGAUACCCAAAGUCUGCUGUUUUUGAUCUCUGUCCACUUUGUUACAGAGAAAGAUAAGGAGCCUCCAUAUCACGCUAAAGCUGACACAGAUAACCAAAACAAAUAUCUUUACAGUCUUUUCUACAAAGCAAUCAAAACUCAUCAUGUGUGAAGGCUCAUCUGUUCACUCACUCAGAUAUUCAACAAACCAUUUUGCAACAGCAGGACCAAACGUUGAUUGUGCAAUUUUGAUUAAUGCGUUUGAUUUUCUAACAGUGGUAAUAGAGGAGCGGAGAGGCCAAGAGAAGAGGCUACAGUGGGCUAAUCCACUGUAGUAAUCAGACUAGCUAAUCCUGAGAGCGAUGUCCCUCAGUCCCCGGUCAGAGCCCCCCCCCCGUCCUCCAUCCUACCCCCUGUGGCCUAGAGGCCUGCCAUCCUGCUGCAAGAAACAGCAGAUGGCUCAAUAACCUUGCAAGGUCACACACACUCUUGUGCAUGCAAGAAACAAAUACACACACCAUAUUGCAUAGUAACACACUUUAGGAUUACUCAAUAAUUAAAAAUAAUUCUAUAUUUUACGAUGCAGAACUGGUUUAUUUUAAUCUUUUGUUGUUUAGAGCUUUUCUUACAACUUUUUUUUAAUUAAAAUUAUUUACAGGAGUUGCUUUUGUCUUUUUUUUUCAAAAGAUAAAGUGGAUUGAAAAUUUGUUUUACAUAAACAGUUCAAACAAAUCAAAUAAAUUGACGAGUGAAUGUCCACUUUAAGAUACAGAGCACUCAUUAGAGACUAUGAUACAGCUCUCUCACAUGGUCAGUGCAGAGGAGUGAGUCGAUUGGAUCCUUUUAUCCAGCGGCUCUCUACGAAGAGGAAGUGUCGUCUCGUAUGUUGUCAUACGAAUACAGUGGUGGUGGCUAAAAGACCAAAUCAGGAGAGGGGGUUUUGGUUUGUGGUGCUGUUUUUUCCACUUACAAACCACUUCCUCUUAUGGGUCUUGCAUUAACAGAGCCUGAGCUACAACAUAUAUGGCUAUUUGUGCUCAUACACAUGCUAGGUAACUCCUAUGUGACAUUAAAAGAAGAAAACAUGUAGUUUAUCCAGACUGCGUGGGUCUGCAUCGACCGUUCUCCUCUACAUGCUUUUCUCAGGUGCCACAGCAAACACGUCAUAAUAUGUUAUGAAUUAUUAUCAUUACAUUUGCUCAGUCGAAGUCCAUAUUGUCUGUAAUUAUGUCAAAUAUUUAUUUUUGUGAAAAUCUAUAUAAUUUACUUCCACUCAUAUUUCAGGAAGGUUUUAUAAAGCUCAAAUCUCUGGCCGUACCUGAUUAAGUUGAUUCAUUUGAUUCAUUUUUAUAUGAUUUCACAAUCAUAGGUCUCUGCCUCUCUCUCUCUGCCGCAGUGCGUUUAGCCGCUGCACAUGCAGACUGUAGCCAACACAGUGACUCACCUCUGCUCGCACAGACACACACAGACACAGCGCGUAAAAACAGACUCAUUCCUUGAGCCAGUUGCUCGUCUGUGUUAUACAGCAGUGAAUACAGUGUCCAGUUACACAUGCAUCAAUUAUUGCUCGCACAGAUCACAUCAGGGGAUCCUCAGAUGCAUCGGGCCACUUGCUGUGCUCCGUCGUCAUGCCAAUGGCUGUGCCGGUCGCCAUGGUUACUUGCCUUCCAAACACACUCCCUCAUCAGGAGGACAAAAAAAAAAGCGAGGUUCAUUUCAGUUAACCGUAGCAGGGCCUACAAAGUAAUUAAUGACCGAAUCAAACACACAAGCAGACACAUGAAGCAGUUUUUCUCUGAAUCAUUGAUACGUUAAUGAGAUUUUAAUAAGCCGGACCUGAUUGAUUGAACUAUGUAAUCCAUAGAGGAGCGUCCGAUGUUUCCAUUUCCUGAUGAUGUCAGAGUAGUCUCUCCAUCAGUCAGUUUGUCUGAGUGCUUGUGGGAGAGAGAGCUUCUGUAAUUCCAGCCACAAGUCUCUGUUCCCUUCCUCAGAACAGAGGGGGAUCAUUACAUUACCCAGAGCUGUGCGAGACAGCUGGACACCCACACAGACAGACACAGGGCAGGCGCAUAUUGAUGAAAGAAACUCUGAGGGUACAUUUAGACAAUAUAGGCUGAAUGAUUAAGACACCAAAAUAGGAGGAAAAAAAGACAGACGGACUUUAAAAGAGACCAGGAGAAAACAUAGCUUCACCAGUGGAGAUGUGAACCCCGAUCAAAGCAGAUUUAAAGGCAGACGUGCAAAGUUUAAAAAGAUACAACUUGUUUUCGCAGACUGCUCAGGCACGUUGCUGACAUGUUAUCUGCAGCGGGGUGUGCAUGGAGUGAGGAGGAGAGAAUUAAUGAUUAAGUAGCGAACACUCUCCCGCCAAAAGCCCAAAACAGACGUGCACUUAACAUACUCGACAUACUGUAAACACACGGCAAAGAUAAACCGGCAGCCUCUGUUUUCUCUUUGAGUCAUGCUGAUUACUACUCAUUCAUAUCCACAAACACAUUUGGGGUCACACACACGCACAACCAGAAGUGAGAACAUAAUCUAGUAGCACAUGACAACACAUACUCAAGGUGACACACACCCACGCACACACAAGCCAUGUGUGUAGUUGUGUAAUCUAUUAGAGUGGGGUCACUGUGGGUCAAACACUGACACAGAGCCAGCAGACAAAAACCGCUGGUCAAUAUCUAAUUAGAAGCAUUGGAGAGGGGCUGACAACAGCUCCCUCUCUCACUCUCUCACACUCUCUCUCUCUCUCUCGCCGUCCCUUUCUACACCUACCUCUGUCGCUCUUUAUCUGUCCCUGCUUCUCACCUCCCACUGCUGUCUCUCUUUCCAUGUGCCCAGUCCUGUCUGUCAUCCGCCCCCUUAAAGUCUAUCUCUGUGUGACUCUACUUUUCACCACGUAGCCUAUUAUCGCUUUGUUUGGCACUCCUCUCAAUCGCCCUGCCAACCGCUUUCAUUGUCUGGGCAUAUGUGUGUGUGUGUGUUUGUUUGUGUGUGCGUGAUAAGAGGAGAAUGAGCCAGACUUUUGUGUGUCCAUAUUUUUUUAUAAUCAGUCAGCAAGCAUAUGCUCUGAAAAACAGCUUUCUUCAUUGUCUGUGGGAGAAACUAGCCAUAACAACAACAUUAAAGCAACAAAUGCUCGCUCACACACCUGGACGUCUGUCAUCUGUGAGAUUGCGGCGCCCUUUGACACCUGAUUAGUGCCGAAUGUGUAACUUUACAUCUCAUUCAGCAUGUUCAAUCUGUACAAAGAGAUAUGGAGCUACUGUUUACUCAUUUAACCUUCAAAAUCAAAAUAUAAAUCACCCCCUUCUCCUCGAUCACACACAUCCCGGGUCAGUCUCAAAGGAGAUGAUGAGCAGCGGUACUUUUCCACUGCAUCAGUCCCUGCUUCAAGCAGCCCCUGCCUCACCAGGCCUGCCUGGUCUUGCUGCGGUGAGAGAUUUGCUCACCUGCUCUUUUGUUGCAGAAGGCUCUGUGUGUGUGUGUGUGUGUGUGUGUGUAUUUGCUGUCCCUCCCUCACAGCGACCCGCCACUCUCCCUGCCCGACAUGCUUUAGCGAACGGUUUCAUUGUUUGCUUUGAAUUCAGAAGUGGUCGUUGAGCCGCCCGUAACCCAACACUUGAUUGUGUGAGUGAGAGUUGACUUACUUCCACAUGUUGUUUCGUGAAGCCAUUUUUUCUUCCUUCAAUAACGACAAACCAGAAACACAGGUCUUUGUUACCACAUACAAAUUCAGCAGGGGGUCGACUUUGCAAGAGUUUGAGCAGCUCAGGUGGUCAUUGCAGUGGCGAGCUGAUCUUUGGUCUCAAUUUGUCGCACUGCAGGUGUGUGAGUGUGCGUUUUAGUGUGAUUUAGAUGUGUGACUUUGUCAGCUAUAGCACUAUAGGUCUCAUUUGUCACGUAAGACACUUCCUCACUUUUCUUUAUUUAAAAUUUCACCUUUGUCAAAUAAAUAUACUUUGUGUCAAAGGGCACGGCAGUUUGUGUGUGAGUGUGGAUCUCUUAUUAAAAACCAGAUACCAGCAACUGAAUCCAGCUGCAUUUACAUGUGAAUGUCAUCAGAAUGAAGUUACCUGAUAUUUACCACUAGAGGGUGCUGUUUUUAUAUCAGUGAUUUACAGCAACUGGUUGUUUUUGGAUUAUUUCACUUGAAGUACCAAACAGCUCAUCCCUUUUAUUUGAUCUACCAAUAAAUUCUUAACCUCUGACCCUGUUUUUCAUUGAUUAUCAGUUAAUAAGUAUUGGCAUCUCUGUCUGAUUAAAGAUAAAUGAUAGGGCCUCAAUUUCACCCGGACUCUCCACCUCUUAGGGUCAUGAGUGUUUAUUCAACUGUAUUGAUCCGCCACAAUGCGCAGUUCCUUGAUGACUCAGUUGAGUCAGUGUUGGCUCUGUCCUCAGGGGCCCCCUCACACCUCCUGGGAGGGAUUCUUGCCUCUGUUUGUGACCUCUGACCUUUGAUGAGGGACAUUUAUGUGACUCCUUUUGAGGAGCACGACCAGAGUUGGACACAGGACAGGAACGUGCAGCUUUGAGGAUUAUUUAUAGCCCACUCACAUCUGGUUUAACGACAUAAGCCAAUUUCUGAGGGGCAAUUACAGCAAAGGUGGUACAGGACAGAAAAUCAGGCAGAUGUGUGGUGUGUCUGUGCAUGCACGUACUUGUCAGAUAAUUUGUUAAUUAUCCUCGUCAUCAAAGUGUGAAACACACUCAGAUCUAAUCAGGGAGCCUUUGAUGGGUCUAAACUCUGUUUGUCUGCUCCUUUGGUCGGGUUAAUGGACAUGAGAAGGGCGAACUUUAAUGUCGGGGCUGUUUUUGUACAAAAGCAGAGCGGCCAGGGCAAUGUGUUCAUCGUUCAAAUAGUUGAAAACUUUUAUGCCACUCGGUGUAUGAAUAGGUUUUUCAUGAAUAAACGGAGACCACUUGAUGCUGUUAGUGUCUGAGAGAGCCAGGCUACCUCACAAGGCCACUUCACAAGGUUACAACAUUAUUUACUGUACAGUGAAAGACAGGAGCCUCGAUGGUAAUUCACUGAAGGCAGCUGGUAAUAUUUCUGUUAGAUACUGUAAAAAUGCCAAACAAGACACCUCUUUGUACAGUUAAUGAAUCUUCAGUUUUUUUCAGAGGUGUAUAUUAGUUUUUGUAAUUUCAUGACACAUAUGCAAGCCCAGAGAACAGUAAGAAUAACACAUAUGGGCCCACAGGCCACUAAUCUAGUCCCAAGGCAUGUAUAAAACAUGUGUGUGUGUCUAUAGUAUGGCCGGUCAGACAGUUACCGCGUUGCCACCACACAGGACAAAGAUGACCGAUCCCCCAAGAAGAAGAAUAAGGGGGCAGCGACCAAGGACAUGGAUGACCUGAAGAAGGAAGUGCCCAUUGUAAGUAAAAAUCUUCUUUUAUUUUCGCAAAUGUGUGGAGAUGAAUUUUGGGAUGGGAUGUUUGAGGCCAAUUCACUUUGGAUACCUUUAAUGUAAAGCUAAUUGAUUUGACACUUUCAGAUGCAGUGAAUGCAUUUGAAACCAAAAAAAUGACCAUCCAUGCAUUUAAAGAUAGAUGUAGCUUCAAAUUAGAUCUCUUAGAACCAUCCUGUUAGAGCUGAAAGUGAAUAAAGUGGGUUGACACUGACUCUGUUGGAGAGAAGAGAAGUCUGUCUCCUACUGGCCACAAAAUUGUUUUAUUGCUGGUAAGAGUGGUGACUUGUUAUCAAAAGGACAUCACCGUGAUCGCACAUACCAGCGCAGGAAAAAGACACCUGGCUGGCCUGAUACUCGUAUCUCUCAGGUGAACUGCAUGCAUGGACUUAAAUUCUUUUGUCUUUAAAUUCUUAGAUAAUUUAGACUCAUGUAGUCGUCAAUGACAAGGGUUCUUGUUCUUUACUUCCUUUCUUUUUUUUUCCUUUGCAUGCAAAAUGUGGCAGCUGGAAGUCAAAUCUAUCCAUGUAGAGUUCUGAUUAUUUCUUCAUCUCCUUUUUUCCAGACGGAACAUAAGAUGUCUGUAGAGGAAGUAUGCAGGAAAUACCAGACUGACAUCGUCCAGGUGAGUUGCUGAUACCAUUUUCUUUUUCCGGCUGUGGUUAGGGCUGUUUUUCCAGUUGGCCACUAGAUGGCAGAAGAGUACUUCUCAGAUUAGUAGCAGGUUUUGACAGUUCAGCCCUGCCUGGACUCCAAACAAAUGUCUGUUUCUGUUGGCUCUGUAUGUAUUUUGAUUUACCUUGAUUUUUUUGUUUACCAUGCUUUUCCCUCUUCUUUGUGUUUCUCUCAGGGACUGACCAAUGCCAAGGCUGCAGAAUUUCUGUUAAGGGACGGUCCUAAUGCCCUCACCCCUCCUCCCACCACCCCUGAGUGGGUUAAGUUCUGUCGCCAGCUGUUUGGUGGGUUCUCCAUCCUGCUGUGGAUUGGCGCCAUCCUCUGCUUUCUGGCCUACGCCAUCCAGGCAGCCACUGAAGAUGAUCCUGCAGGAGACAAUGUAAGCAUGCACACUCAUACGAUAUACACUCACAUACUCACUUUGGAGCCGUAUUUACCUUGUUAACACUUGGAUCCAUAAUGCACAGACACCAAUAACACUAUAAACAAGACAGAAACUGUACCUUGCACUUUCCACAGCCCACACACAUGUGUUAAUAUACACUCUGUCUCUCUCUCUCUAUGUCUGCAGUUGUACCUUGGUAUCGUGCUCACAGCUGUCGUCAUCAUUACCGGUUGCUUCUCAUACUUUCAAGAGGCCAAGAGCUCCAAAAUCAUGGAGUCCUUCAAGAACAUGGUGCCUCAGGUAAAGAAACUUGUGAAACUUGAGCCCCCCCCUCAAAAUAUGAAGCCAUGAAAGUGGAUUUUUUUUUUAGAAACAAAUGGACAACAUUAGAAAUUAAAGAUGGAAAAUGUGACUUCAUGUUGUGGGUAAUGUGUGUAUUUGCUGUCACUGAACAUGUAACGCAGCUAGACAUGUUCUAACAAUUGCUGAUAUUCCCCUGCAGCAAGCGUUGGUGAUCCGUGAGGGUGAGAAGGUACAGAUCAAUGCCGAAGAAGUCGUAGCCGGAGACCUGAUUGAAGUGAAAGGAGGAGACAGGAUCCCUGCUGACAUCAGGGUUGUUUCUGCUCAUGGCUGCAAGGUACACACACAUAAAUACGUUCUGUAUGCACGCACAUUCAAAGUCUUUUCUCUUGUUUUAUCCGUCUGAAAGUUCAUUUUUCUUUUGUUCCCGUUUAGGUCGAUAAUUCCUCUCUUACAGGCGAAUCAGAGCCUCAGAGCAGGUCACCUGACUGUACCCAUGACAACCCUCUGGAGACCCGAAACGUUGCUUUCUUCUCUACCAACUGUGUGGAAGGUAUGGUUGCCAUGGCAAUAGUUGCACAUGCUAUUUUUAACUUCCUUGUCUGUUGUUGUGUAUAAAGGCACUGAACUUAGACAAACUUUGCUGUUGGUUAAAAGUUUAAUUUCGCAGUAUUAAUUCAAAUAAACAUGAUUGGUUUUUAAGUAUUUCGUUGCAUUGAUUUGUGUCGUUGACCUUUCUCCAAUUCAGGCACCGCUCGUGGUAUCGUUAUUUGUACUGGAGAUCGCACAGUGAUGGGUCGCAUUGCUACUUUGACCUCUGGCCUGGAGACCGGCAAAACCCCCAUCGCCAAAGAGAUCGAACACUUCAUCCAUAUCAUCACAGGAGUGGCUGUCUUCCUGGGUGUCACCUUCUUCAUCCUGGCCAUCAUCCUGGGUUACUCCUGGCUGGAGGCCGUCAUCUUCCUGAUUGGUAUCAUUGUAGCUAAUGUGCCUGAAGGACUGCUGGCCACUGUCACUGUAAGUACACAUGUAAUCAGAUACCUUGCUUGCUCCUUAAUUAGCAUGCACAUUAUUCAUGUUGAGACAGAGUUCUAUUCUUUAUCUUUGUUUAACUGCUUAAAAAGACUUAUAUUAAGUAUUAAUUUUACUGUAUUGCCCCUUUAAAUCAAAAUCUGAUUUAUUUAAUUGCACCAUUGACCGGCUUUAUUUAUCCUCAAGAGAGAGAAUCUCUUUUGGAGCGUCAUUGCUGCAUCUCAACAACAAAAAAAAGCAUAAUAAAUGUAAUUGUCUGCAGGUAUGUCUGACCCUGACUGCCAAGCGUAUGGCUAAGAAGAACUGCCUGGUAAAGAACUUGGAGGCUGUGGAAACCCUGGGCUCCACUUCUACCAUCUGCUCCGACAAGACAGGAACCCUAACCCAAAACAGGAUGACUGUGGCCCACAUGUGGUUUGACAACCAGAUCCAUGAGGCAGACACCACAGAGGACCAGUCAGGUGAGUGAGCAGAGGGCGUACAGACUCUGUUGAUGAAAUAUGUAAACAGUGAAAGGAAUAAAAGCUUUUAAUAAAUGACAUGAGUUAAGAAUAAACCAACUUCUGUUCUCUCUGCAGGUGCUUCUUUUGAUAAGAGCUCAGUGACCUGGCUUUCUCUGGCCCGUGUUGCUGCUCUGUGUAACCGUGCCCAGUUCAAAGCGGGACAGGACUCACUGCCUAUUCUGAAGCGAGAUGUGGCUGGUGAUGCCUCCGAGUCUGCCCUGCUGAAGUGUAUCGAACUGUCCUGUGGCUCUGUCAGGGUGAUGAGGGACAAGAACAAGAAGGUGGCAGAAAUCCCCUUUAACUCCACCAACAAAUACCAGGUAAGAAAAGUUCUGGUUACAAAUGUGCUUAUGAGAAUAAACUCAUGAAUUACACAUAACCUGUAAUCUGUAUCCUCAUCAUUUUUCCCUCUUCUAGCUCUCAGUGCACGAGACAGAGGAUCCUAAUGACAACCGCUACCUGCUGGUGAUGAAGGGAGCACCUGAGAGGAUCCUGGACCGCUGCUCUACUAUCCUGCUGCAGGGCAAGGAGCAGCCUAUGGAUGAGGAGAUGAAGGAAGCUUUCCAGAACGCAUACAUGGAGCUUGGAGGACUGGGAGAGCGAGUACUGGGUAAGAAGAAGAUGAAACUGGAAAAAUAGGGAUUUUGCUCCAGGAAAAGUAAUUUGAAAACGUCUGUAAUAUUACAUACUGGGAUAGAUAUUUGUUUAACAUUAAUUAUAUGGUUAGUUGUCUAAAUUAUGCAUCCUAAAUGUCUCUGCUUUCCUGUGAAACAAUAAUUCUAAACUACCAAGAAAAAAAACUGCUCUCAGGCCAAUAAGUUUCUAGAUACUUUGCUCAACAUUUGAGGAAAAAUAAGAGGCAUCUUUAAAACAAAUCUAAUCUCUUAAACUGCAUUUGGAGUGAUGCUCCAUGGGGCAUUAACUUGACAGUUAGUAUAGAUCAUUUAAAGCACAUUAGCUGCUUCAGCUGGAAAAUCACAAGGUAAUUUUCAGCUUGAUUUUUAUUCAGCAUUAAAAUAUAGUUUCAUUAAAUUUACUCUCCUGUGUUCUGGGAGUUUUGUCCAGGGAUAGAAGAUUUGAGUUAUAAAUCCAUCACUAAACCACAUAUCUCUGUGUCCUCCAGGUUUCUGCCACGUGCUGCUGCCUGAGGAUCAGUACCCCAAGGGCUUUGCCUUCGACACAGAUGAUGUGAACUUCCAAACAGACAACCUUUGCUUUGUUGGCCUUAUGUCCAUGAUCGACCCUCCCCGUGCUGCUGUGCCUGAUGCUGUGGGCAAAUGCCGAUCAGCUGGUAUCAAGGUGAGUUUCCCCCCCAACACAUUAUGAAAAGGAUUUCUUUGUUUUGUACUCUGUAGGGUAUCAUUGUUUAAUGUCAUGUCCUUGUUUGCGUUGUUAGGUCAUCAUGGUCACUGGAGAUCACCCAAUCACAGCAAAGGCCAUUGCCAAGGGAGUGGGUAUCAUCUCAGAGGGCAAUGAGACAGUGGAGGACAUCGCAGCUCGUCUCAACAUACCUGUCAGCCAGGUCAACCCCAGGUAAAGAAGGGUCACCUGAAAACAAACAGAAAAUCAAGCUGCAGUCACACACAAACGUUCACGCCAAAUUAUGAAACAUGCAUGAGCAUUUUGAUAUCUGUGUCCAGGGAUGCCAAGGCCUGUGUGAUCCAUGGUACCGACCUGAAAGAUCUGUCUCAGGAACAGAUGGACGACAUCCUGAGGAACCACACAGAGAUCGUGUUUGCCAGGACCUCCCCACAGCAGAAGCUCAUCAUCGUGGAGGGCUGCCAGCGACUGGUGGGCAGAUUGAAUGAAAUCUCUCUGUAAUCCUAGAAAGGUUUCCUUCAUACAUUGUAGUGGAGAUUUCUUUGAGGGGACCGGACUGAGGAGUGCUAUUUUACUUUUCUAUCAGCAGAUGGCGCUAGUUGUCCACUAAAAGAGUAUUCAAAGUCCAGCAGUAUCUUGAAUGCACAUUUGUUCUCCAGAAGCUGCUUUAGGUGCUCCUAAAAUAAAACAUUGCUUCAAUGUAAUUCUAAAUUUUUAAGAUGUAAUAUAAAUACCAUCUAAAAUGUCGGUAUAAAUAUAUUUCUUUAAAUCUUUGUGUUGAAACCUUUACAUACAAUCAUUCAUGAUUCACCAUGUGGCAUUUUGAGGCACUAAAAUGAUUAAUUAUUCAACAAAUCCAGGAUUAAUAAAAAAGAAAAAGACUGUGGAUAUUUUUCAACAUUUAAGGCUAAAUGCAACACAACUGGAUGGUUGUAAAUUCAUCAACUGAAGGAUAAAUGUGACCUCUCAUAAGCCUCUGAAAUCAUAAAGGUAGGGCAUCGUAAAGGUAGAUUUUAAAAAUGAUGAGGUCGUGUAAUUAUAACUGUCGUCCAAAUGCAAAAAGAAGAAGAAGACAAACACAAGUACAAUAUACAUUAAUUGCUGAUUCAUUUCAAGAUCUUAUUGUUAUAAAAAUGAGGAGUAUUCAUAUUUUAACAUCAUGUCGGUUGAGUAGAUAAAUACAUCUGUGUGACUUCAUUCUCGAUAAACUCACCCUUCCGUCCUCUUUUCUCCCAGGGUGCCAUUGUAGCUGUGACAGGUGAUGGUGUGAAUGACUCUCCCGCACUGAAAAAGGCCGACAUUGGUGUUGCCAUGGGGAUCUCAGGCUCUGAUGUGUCCAAACAGGCUGCGGACAUGAUCUUGUUGGAUGACAACUUUGCCUCUAUUGUGACAGGAGUGGAAGAAGGUGAGACGACCCAGAGGACCGAAGUGGGAGACAGGAACAUUAAAAACAAAGAGGAGUUUUAUAUGAAGAGAAUCUGGACAAAUAUGUAGAGAGAGAGAGAGCGGGGUGUGGAUGAGCGCUUCAGGUUUACAAAGAGCUUUUUUUUUCUGCAGGAACAAAAAGUUUUUGUAUGUCCUUCUUGGUGUGCGGUGCCCCCUGUUUCACCUGUCUUCUCUCCCAUCAGGCCGUUUGAUCUUUGAUAACCUGAAGAAAUCCAUUGCCUACACCCUGACCAGCAAUAUCCCAGAGAUCACCCCCUUCCUGUUGUUCAUCAUGGUCAAUAUCCCACUGCCACUGGGAACCAUCACCAUCCUCUGUAUCGACCUGGGAACUGACAUGGUGAGAGCUGAUCAAACACUCGCUGGUUUCUCAUGUCAAACAGCGUUACAUCGACACACUGAAUAAGGCUCCUGUAGAUACAACAUGUCACAUUUCCUCCUCUCCCCCUUUAGGUGCCAGCUAUCUCCCUGGCCUAUGAAGCAGCUGAGAGUGACAUCAUGAAGCGUCAGCCCAGGAACCCAUUCAGGGACAAGCUGGUGAAUGAGAGGCUUAUCAGCAUUGCCUACGGACAAAUUGGUAGGUGAAAUGAAAAUGUCUUCCUCUGAUCCAGGCUGUGAAUUGUUUUAGCUCUGGAUUGAAGUUUGAUCUUGGUUGCCUGAAAGUCAUUUUGAGUUGAAAUCAACUCUAUCCCCCUCUCUGUAAUGUUGACAAACAACAAUGGUGGAGUUAUAUUUGAGCCGAUUUGCUGUGUUUUGUGGAUUUAUAAACUAAAGAAAUCUGUUUCUAAAUCUCUGUGUUUGUAUGAUUUUCCUCAGGUAUGAUCCAGGCUCUGGGAGGCUUUUUCUCCUACUUUGUCAUCUUGGCUGAAAAUGGUUUCCUGCCCAGUGUACUUGUAGGCAUCAGGCUGGACUGGGAUGACCGCUCAGUCAAUGACCUGGAAGACAGCUAUGGCCAGCAGUGGGUACGUGCACAGAUUUUGUGAGCUGGUAGGUGUGUUUGGGAUUUUUGUUUUCCUGUCUAACUGUCUGUCUGUGUUUCAUCUGUUGAAUCUCAGACAUAUGAGCAGAGAAAGAUUGUGGAGUUCACGUGCCACACAGCCUUCUUUGUCAGUAUUGUGGUCGUGCAGUGGGCUGAUGUCAUCAUCUGCAAGACCAGACGUAACUCUGUGUUCCAGCAGGGCAUGAAGUGAGUCCAAAUACACCUACAUGUGGCAGCUACUUUAACCUUUAUCAGUAAUUUAAUGAAUUUCCAUUUCUGCUCAUUAUUCCUCCACUUCAAUUUUUCUUGUGUUUCUCAACUCAGGAACAAGAUCUUGAUCUUCGGCCUGUUUGAAGAGACAGCCCUGGCUGCCUUCCUGUCCUACUGCCCAGGCAUGGAUGUGGCACUCAGGAUGUAUCCUCUAAAGUGAGCGCUAAUGCCACAAAUAUUACUUUACAUAUUACAUGAUAUAACAUGUUAGUGUGAUGGUUUCUAAUCCUUGUCUUUAUCUUGUCCUUCUCUGCAGACCCACUUGGUGGUUCUGUGCAUUCCCAUACAGUUUCCUCAUCUUUGUUUAUGAUGAAAUCCGAAAACUCCUCAUCCGCAGGAACCCUGGAGGUUUGUAUUCUUCAAAAAAAAAAGAGGAAAAAAGGACCAUUAAGCCAAUCUAUUUCCCUUAAUGAGUACUAUGACAGCUGCAGCUUUGUGUAUCAAACUCACAGUGGGACCAGACCUCGGUGAACUAACAGUGAGCUUCCUUUCUGUGUUCUUCUUUCUUUCUCUAAUUUGCACUCCAGGUUGGGUGGAGAAGGAGACAUACUAUUGAUCGACGGAGCAUCUUCGCUCAAUCCCCCUCCAUCUUCCACUUAUUUCUCUCCCUGUCACUCCAUCCCUGGCAAGACACACCUCCAGACGCCCCGCCCCCUUAAAGACAAAAAACGCUUUGAAGCAAUUUUCAUCACAACUGCCCCAAAGAUUAAAAACAGCAAAAGCACCUUUACAACUUUCUACAUUGACCCGCCCCCUUUCCCCCAUCUCCUAUGAUACUCUUUGCAUGUGUUCUCUCACUGCUGUGUACAUAAACCAAUAUAUCUACCAAACGGCAGCUGCAUAUUGUGUAUGUAGAUUUGAAUGAGCUAAGGAUACAAAGGGAGUGUCUAUGCUCUGCAAAAAAGGGCCAUCCAGCUCCUCUCCCAUCCCCGUUGCCCCCCUGCUCUCUCCCCCUUGUCUUUCUCUAUACCUUCGUUCCUCUCUCUUCUCUUCCUCUUCGCCAACCCUUUGCUUGUCCUCCAAUCACACACAGAUAUAAAGAUCACACAGUGAGAUCCCACCGCCGACAACACUUCAACUGCCACCUCUCGCCUCCGUCUCCUGUCUGUGGAGGACCAGUGGAGUGGUCAUUUCCCUGUCGUUCUCGCUACGUCCAUUUUUCCUUCUCUUACGUUCUCGACGGCCACAGUGUUGUUGUUUUUUAAUAUGUGGGGUACAGGGGGGGUUUCGAUGAUUUUACUUGUCUUUUUUAUUUCUAAGACGUGAGGGGGGGAAUGUGAGAGCUGCUUUUCCCUCAUUUAGGCCUGACAAAGCACACCCCAUGGCGUCCUGUGUCCCCUCUUUCCCCCUGUCUUUCCGUCUCUCACACACCUCCCCUCCUCGCCCUCCUGCCCCGUUUGUCUCUGUUUGUGUGCACUGUGUGAACCAUUGUCCUUGUUAAUAACUAUUACAGUACACCCCCAGACCCCUUCCCCAAAGAUGGUAAAUACAACUCAAUCUUUCUGUGUGCUCUAGGAAAUCUAUAUAAUUCUAUAUUGAAUUUAAAUGAAACAAUAAAAAACACAUGUUGGAAAAACAGCUCGAGAGAGACAUUCAUGAAGAACAUCGACAAUAUUUGUGAGAUAGCAAAAAUGCAAGACAAUGUGUCUCUCUUUUUGUUUUCGUUUGGUUUCAGUUAUUUUUGCUGGUUUUCCAGGAGGCUACUCCGAAACUGUAAUAGCAGAGCAGGGUUUUGGGUUGUGUUUUUACUAAAGACACAAGAAACCAACUAAGGCUUUCAGGUUCCUGUCACUGCAGGUGUGCCGGUAUGAUGUGGUGCAGUGUGCUGUGAUGUGGUGAGUGGUGAUGAUGAGUCCACGUGCCUGGGGUUCUAUAACUGGAUCAGGGGCCUGUGCUGGUAUAAGUCCAGGUCCUGGUCUCUGCCUAGCCUCAGCCUGUGUGCAUGUAUGUGUUGGAGACCAGUGAAGGGCUAGCGGUCUCCGGCUGGGUCUGUUUCAGAUGGCUGCAAGUGUCGAAAUUCAAGAGAAAAAAAAAUACACCACUAGUAGAACAUGUGUGUCAAAUAAAUGAAACCAACACCAAUAAAACAUCUAGAACAUUUAAUACAACCUAGACCUGUCUGUGUGUCUUUAUAUCGCUG